UCAAAAGGGUUUUUUCCCUUUGGAUUUUUCUUCCAUCUGGUUGCUCCAAGAGUCUGCGGAAAAGGACAGUUGAAUGCAGCCUCCGAUGUGCACAAAAGAAUGGGUUUCCAUUCAAGGUGGCCAUUGGUGGGACCUGCACCAGCGGCUCUGUGUCUGUGUGUGAUCAGCAUGCUCCUAGUGUGCCUGCUGCCUCCUGCAUCGUGCACAACCUGCCCUCAAAAAUGCCGCUGUGAGGAUCUGCAGUUCUACUGCGACACCCAGGGGCUUCAGGCACCCCCAGAUGGUGUGGACAAGGGGGCCCUGGGGUUGUCACUACGCCACAAUAGCAUCACUGAGCUCAGCCCUGACCAAUUCUAUGGCUUCAGCCAGCUCACCUGGCUGCAUUUAGACCACAACCAGAUUACAACAGUACAAGAGGACGCCUUUCAAGGGCUCUACAAGCUGAAGGACCUCAAUCUGAGCUCCAAUCGUAUCACCAAGUUGCCCAACACAACCUUCAUCCACCUCAUCAACCUCCAGAUACUGGACCUGUCUUUCAAUCAGAUGACUGCAUUGGAACCAGAACUGUUUCAUGGACUGAGGAAACUCCAGAUACUCCACCUUCGCUCUAAUUUACUUCGCACCACACCUGUUCGGGCAUUCUGGGACUGCCGCAGCCUGGAAUAUCUGGGCCUGAGCAGCAACCGUCUACGGAGUCUGGCCCGGAAUGGAUUUGCUGGGCUCAUCAAGCUUAAAGAGCUCCACUUGGAGCACAAUCAGCUGACCAAGAUCAACUUGGCUCAUUUCCCUCGCCUUGUUGCCCUCCAGUUUCUGUAUCUGCAGUGGAAUAAAAUCAGCAACUUAACAUGUGGCAUGGAGUGGACCUGGACCACUUUAGAGAAGCUGGACCUCACGGGAAAUGAAAUUCGUGUCCUGACAUCUGAUGUGUUUCAAACGCUGCCAAAUUUAAAGAUUUUGCUGCUGGAUAACAACAAACUAAGCAGUCUGGAGCCCCAAGUCAUGGAUAUGUGGCAGUCUCUGGGUACCAUUGGGCUGUCAAGCAACUCUUGGGAAUGUACCAAAAGGAUUUGCUCUCUGGCCACUUGGCUAAGCACCUUUAAGGGAAGGUGGGAACAUUCCAUUCUCUGCCAUAGUCCUGAAUAUGCCCAAGGUGAGGAGAUACUUGAUGCUGUUUAUGGAUUCCAGCUUUGCCAGAAUUUUUCAGCGCCGGUUGUUCAGACCAUAAGUACAACCACAGACGCUACUAUAGCUGCAGAGAUCACAAGCUCCUUGUUUGGAAUUAUGCAGCCGACCCCCACGCAGGACUAUGCAGAGGAUUUUGGGAGCUUUACCACAGUCACUACCACAACUACCACAACACCACCACGCACUGCUCAAGCAACUACCGCUACAUUGGAAGAGGCAGCUGUAACAGAGGACUUCUCUGCAAUGGACAACACUGUAAUGACUCAUAGGGUUAUCAUUGGAACUAUGGCCCUUCUAUUUUCAUUCUUUUUCAUCAUUUUCGUUGUGUACAUCUCACGGAAGUGCUGCCCUCCCACCCUGCGCCGGAUACGCCACUGUUCGGCUAUUCAGAACCGCAGACAGAUGAGGACCCAGCAGCGGCAGCCUAUGGCAGAUCUAGCUACACAGGUACCCUAUAAUGAGUAUGAGCCCAGCCAUGAAGAAGGGGCACUCGUGAUCAUAAACGGCUAUGGGCAGUGCAAGUGUCAGCAACUGCCUUACAAAGAGUGUGAAGUAUGAACUCUUAUUUAUUCCUAGAGCAUAUGGUUUGCCAUUUGACCAUUUCAGAUGAUACAGGGUUUGCUUUUUUUUCUAUUUUUUUUCCAGUUUAUGUAUAAAGCAUAAUUUCUACAAGUGAGAUUUAAGAAUAUGUGAGAAAUGUUGAAUGCAACAAUGACAGAGGUUGGACAUGACAGUUUAGGGAUGAUGUAGAGAUAGUCACAAAUUUAUUUUUCUAUGAAUGCAAGGUUGUUCAUAUCAGGCAGGGGCAAUCAUUUUAAACAAAAAAAUUGUAAAACUGUGAGAUUUGUCUUCACAUUAUCACUAUAUUCUGCAGCACAGAGAAAAUACUUAGCCAAAUGGCCCUCUGCUAAUGGAAUACAUUAAGUGGAGAAAUGUGAUUUAUGUCAUUUCUUUUUAAAAGUAAAUAUUUGAAAUCAUGUUUCAAACUGCACCACCGGCACUGUAAGCCAAUCACUCACUCACUGGGGAAAAUUAUUUGGAUCAAUUAUCAUAAUGUCUUUUGUUUUCCAGUUUCGUUGUUUUAAAGAUAACUAUUAUACAUUAAAAGACCAAAAUGAAAUUCUGAUUAAUAACUGAAAAAUAAGUCCUUAUUGUUAUGUUACAAAUAAAAAUAAAUACCCUUGAGAGAAGAACCCUGAAAUUAAAUUUAGCAUACACAAAUGUUAUUACAUUUACCAAAUGAGACACAAAUCAAUUAGGCACAUCUAUAAUCUUCCAUCAGAUCAAAGGCCUCUCAGUGUUUGUUUACAGAAUUUAUUUGGGCAGCCCACCCCAAAUAAAUGAUUGUUUUGCUUAAAUUUGGAUUAUUUCCAAAAAUGUUUAUUGUUU